AUGGCUUCGUUCGAACCCUCCCUGUCGACCAGCGCCAUGCGGCCUCCGCUGGCUUCUACUGAAGCGCCGUCAAUGGCCGAUUCUCUUCCAAGUAUCAAUUUCGGCUUUGAGGACCUCCGCAGUCGCAUGUCACAAUUUUCAGCAAAAUUCGACGCGUUUAUUGAGCGAGGCCGGAAACAAGUAUUGGAGGAGCGUAAUCAAUUCCAUAUCAACCUAGCGGAGCUUCAAAAGGACGAAGACAUGAAGCGCAACGAUAUUAAAAUCCUCACUUCAAAAACUCAAGAUCACGCGCAAACAAUCCAAAGGGAAGCGGCAGAAGCGGCAGAAAUCCACGCGCACAUUUCCUCGAUAACGCUUGAGCGAGACUCUCGAUUAGCGAAGCGCGACAGGUUAAAGCGACAGAUUGCGGAAACACAGGCGGCCAUAGAUCAGAAACUUGAAGCUCAGAAGGCUCACUCUCAAUACCUGGACGGGCAAGCGCGGCUCAACAUGCCAGAACUAGAAUUCUGGCAGGAUUAUCUUUGCAUGCGAAUUGAAGGCGCUGGCAGGGAAGAUCGCCUUAAAAUAGUCUACAGCCAUAUUGUUGAGAAGGAUUGGGACAAAGAAGCUUGGUUCGAAUUGAGUACGGCUUCCAGAGACUACGAGAUCUAUCACACCAAACCCAGAUUAGACCGAGCGACCGUCGAACGAGAGCUGGAAAUUGUCAAUGAGGAUCGAGAUUUUGGGGCCCUCUUGAAAAGGAUGCGCCGACUAUUUGUGGAAUCCAUGAAAUGA